UCAAGACCUGUGGCAGUAAUGAUUGAUGAACUUGGACUCACAGGUACUACGUUUUAGGUACCAUAUCUUCUUGCUUCCUGCCAUUUGAAUUCAUAAUGCUUGGCCUUUCUAGGGAAUGGUAGCAAUAUUUAGUGGCACUUUAGACAAAUACUGUUUGUCUCUGCAAUGGGUUUUGUUCUGUAGACACAAAUUUGCUCCCCAUUAGAGAAGAGCAAGUUCUUUAGUUUGCAAACCAGUCUCAGGACAUUCUUCAAACUCCCGAGGUUGCACACCAGGUUCUAGACCAGCCUCUGUGAGAGCUGCAGUUGCAGUUGAUGAUCCUCAAGUUCCUGGUUGUGUAAGACUUUGUUGUUUUUACAAGCAGCUCCAAACCGAAGGCAGAAUACUUGACUGCAAUUUGAAAGCAUACUGGGAAAUGUUAGUACUUUCACUAAUAAGCACAAGAGUUUUUAAUGUAGCUGCAGGAAUUCUUUCCCCUCCCCUGGAAUAGUGGCAUUCUUGUUGCUGUCUGAGCAUAGAGGCCUGAUUCUCCUCCACGUUCGUAGUGGUCUGGUUUGGCUGCCAAGAGGUAAUAAAGCAAUGCCUGCUGCUGCCUUAGAACAGCAUUGUCUGUGGGCACUCCAAGUCUGGGGAAGGAUUAGAUAUUAACAGUGCUAAUUAAGAAGCAUAAAGUGCAUCAGUAAUUAAAUUUUUGUAGGGUCUGAUUAAACAGUGCACUGUCAAAACAUGAUGCUGAAGUGACUUGGUUCAUCACAGUUCUCCCUUGUUGUCCCAUAAAUUGGUAUGGUGUAUGUCACCCCUCACUGUAACUGGAGAUCUAGAGCACAGAUGACUUUAUUUAGAAAACAAUUUUAAAGCCAGGCUAAAACCACUGUCUUUUCCCCUCUUCAGUGUAAAUAUAAAAGGAUGACUCACAAUCAUUACUUUCCUGCAAGUUAGGACAGCUGUGAGAGGAAGACUGGAAAUAUCAGCCUGGUUUUUUUUGAAGGUGAUGACAGCAUGCUGUUUUUUGCCAGGACUCCAUCCACCAUCGUGAGGCUGGUAUUUCCAAGUCCAAACUUGGAUCAACUCGAGUUGCUGUGCUUCAGUGGUGGGUCAGAAACAGAAUCAGGGAUGCUGAACUAGGGUGCACUGAGGAAAUCCUUACCCAAACACAGGUCCUACCACUGCUUCACUCCUACCCACACUGUGCCACCUAAAAAAAGAUACAUGUUCAGCAGUGGGAUCAGAAUGUGGCUCAGAUAAUUCCCAAGUUCCUGAGGAUUAUUCACAGCUAGUGUCUGGCAGUCAUCAUCUCCCUUGACAGAGGUCUCAUCACUGCUGCCAUGUUACUUUGGCUUGGACUAUAGAGAAAGGAACAGCUUUUGGCAGAGACACAGCUGGAAUGAGCUUUCAUUGGCAGCUGGAGGCUCAUCAUUGCACCUCCCCUCUUGCUCCCUGAGCUUGUGAGGUUGCUGGUGAGGAGAUGGAUCCGAUGCCAUGGCCCUCACCUCUUCCUUUCACAGUGCUCAGAGACAUAUGUGGUGUUUCUGUGUUGCUUUGACUCUGCAGGGGUUUUCUGAGGAACUUGGGCUUCUGCUGCUCACCUUCUCUGGGACCUGAGAUGUCCAAGUGUUUGCACAUCCCUGUAUAAGUGUACAUUGUGUUUGAAUUCUGUUGUCAAAAAAAUCUUGAAAUUAAAAGAGGGAAGGUAAAAAGUAAGUGCUGCUGAGCUGGAAAUACAGUUCUGCAGCUUUUCCACUUUUUAAUUUCCUUGCUGGUCAGGAAGUUUAGCUGUUGUCAGCUCUCUCAUCAGAACCCCACCGUGGAGAUCUGGAGAUCUGUAUUGAUGUGAGGGAGUGUUGGAAAGCUGUUGGCCAGACCUACCUCCAUGGGACAAGGCUGAGAGAAAGGGAAGAGGGGAAACAAGGAGAGAUUCUGCCUCACUGUACAUUGUGGGGCAAGAGAGCAGAGCACAGAACAACUCAGGAUCCCAGUACUAGCCUAGCUACAAAAACUAGGCUUGCAGAAAAACUAGUUGGCUCAGUUCUGUGGGGUUUUGUUCACUUGUUGGUUAGUGGGGAUUUUUGGUCACUUAUUUUCUUUGUAUGUGUGUUAUUAUGUUCCCUUUGAUAUGUUCACAGUGUAUGAAAAAGUAAUCAGGAAAACUAAACAAAACAUCUCUGUCUGUUUUGCUCUUGAGCAGUUUUUGCUGUGCCUCCUUCAUGCAGUUUGAUUCCCAUUUCCCUCCUCUCUUGCUGUAAGGAACAGCUGACUGCAAAUCAGAACAAGAAAUCCAGCAUGAAACCAAAAGUAUAACACACAUAAUGCUGCCAAGGGCCAGAUUUGGAAUGCACUGAAGUAAUAGCUGUCACGUGCUAUAAAAUGAAACACACAUCACGUUUUCAGGUGAGAAAAGGUCACUCUGAAGUCAUUGGUGGACAUGACCUGGUUGUGGAGCCCGGGGUGGAUGCACCUCCAUGGCUGGGAGAUGGCACAGUUGUUCCCAUGGAGCAGAGCAACGUGUUCAGCUCGCAGGAGAGAGAUCCAAGCGUCUCCUCUGUCUUUUCCUGGGCUGAGCUGCCACUGUGUGACAACAGAUCAGCAAGUCUAUGUUCUUUCUCUGUGGCACCUUCUCAGGACACUGGAGAUCCAUCCUGGUGGAGCCAUUGCCAGUGGCCCUGGAGACACUUGGUAGAACUCACAGCUGCCACAACUGCCCAGCAGGACUGCUCCAGCUCAUGCCAGAGUUCAUGCCUCUCUCAAAAGGCAGCUGUAAAUUGCAUGGAAGCUGCAGCAACAGGAGCUGCUCAGCAGGGCCAACUGGGGCUCUUGGGCCUGAAGAUAAACAGGAGCUUUCACGGAAGCCAUGGAUUAAUACAAAAAUUCCCUCUUGGAAAUGAGACAGCCUUCCUUUGUCCUGCCUCCUCAAAGCUAGGCUUGAUGCGGCAGCUGCUCCUCACUGUGGUCACUGGCAUUCUUAAUGGGCACUGCUGGCAGCUGCCAGAAUGGAAGGAAAAUGUUGCUCUCAUUGUUAUUGAGAUAACUCGCACUGAAAGGCAUCCUGGAAUGAGCUGUGGAAAAUACACUAAUAGCAUCGAGGCUGCGAGUGAUCUUAACCAGUUUCUUUGGCCCAAGUCGGAGAACUGCGCCCAUGUUCCUGGUGACUUGGAGACUCCGUGAGGCCGCCCCACGAGCA